GGCCGGCGGGUCGGAGCGCGCUGGGGGCGGUGGCCGCUUCCCCGUCGUCGGCCGGCUCGGCUGGAGCUCAGCCGCCGGCCGGUCCGUGCGUCCGUGCGUCCGUGCGUCCGUGCGAGCGGCCCGGGCCGCCGCCGCCCUCAUGGCCGCGCUGCACGCGCUGCAGCAAUGGUGCCGGCAGCAGUGCGAGGGCUACCGGGACGUGUGUAUCACCAACAUGACCACGUCGUUCCGCGACGGCCUGGCCUUCUGCGCCAUCCUGCACCGCCACCGGCCUGACCUGCUAGACUUCAGCACUCUCAAGAAGGAAAACGUUUAUGAGAACAACAAACUGGCCUUCAGCGUGGCGGAGGAGAAGCUGGGCAUCCCCGCCUUGCUGGACGCCGAGGACAUGGUGGCCCUGAAGGUUCCGGACCGCCUGAGUAUCCUGACCUACGUCUCCCAGUACUACAACUACUUCCACGGCCGCUCCCCAGUGAUUGGGGGCAUCGCUGGUGUGAAGCGGCCCCCGGGGAACUCGGCUGAGGAGCCCACGGAGAAGAAGGCGCCGCCCCAGCCGGCCCCCGCCCCCACCCCGGCAGGCCCCAGAGAACCCAGGAAGGAUGGGGCUGCUGAGGGCCCACCCCCAAAGGCUGGCCCGGCGUCGGUGGGCGGCCUGGUCAGCAGCCUCUGUGCCAUCUGCGGCCUGCACGUGCACCUGGUGCAGCGGCACCUGGCCGACGGGAAGCUGUACCACCGCAGCUGCUUCAGGUCCAAGCCGCCACGCCCCAGCACCGGAGAGCCGGGCGUGCCCACCUCCGCGGGCCACCACCCCGGAGCCAGCUCUUCUGGUUCCCCGCUGCGGGGUGUGGCCCCCAGACAGCAGGGGGCCGCCCCCUUGGGCUCGGGGUCCCUCAGCACCCCGAGGAAGGCCCAGGAGGCAAACGGGCUGGCGGCGGUGGGCUCUUCCUCUGGGCCUCCAACUACCACCUCGUCCCGCGUCCACGUGUGGAGUCCCAUGGCCACCACCAGCGCCAGCGUCCGCGUAACCAACAGCUCCCCGGCCGGCUGGGGCACGGCGGCGGUGGCCUCCCGCCCUGCCCUGUCCCCCGGCACUCCGGACCCGCGCCCGGUCACGCCACCAGCACCCCGAGAGGUUGCUGUCCCGCCCAAGCUCAGGCCCAGCCCCGGCUCGGAGCCCGCAGGCACAACGGGGCCCCCUGCCUGGACCCCGCUGGCCUCCAGGACCCAGCAGGCGCGGGAGAAGUUCUUGGGGCCG